UGCCGGUUGACACGGGAUGCAUCCAUGGAGUAGAAUGCACGUCCAUUCGAAGGGACGCUGAAAGAACCAUUCAAACAACAAGAACAAAGCUUGUAUCUUAGUUUUCACAUUUUCUUUUCAGGUGAUGCUUUGGUAAAGCGGUAAUAACACAAAGAGGACACAAUUUAAGGUACAAAAAUGGCAGAUAAGGACAGCGUGGAGAAAUACUUGGAGAACAACCCGCAGUUCGCCAAAGAGUACUUCGAUAAGAAGGUGCGUGCCGAGGCCUUGACUGCCGCUUUCUCUGGGACUCUGGACAUCAAGGACACUGCUUCGUUUAAGGAUGUUAACUCAGUGCAGGAGGCCUCUAUCAUCUUCGAGCUGGUCCAGGAGCUGCAAAAGCAGACAUGCAUGGAGCAGAGCAUCCACAAGGUGCUGCAAAGAAUUGCCCUCAUCAUGCAGGCAGACAGGGUCAGCUUCUACAUCUGCCGCUCCAGAAACGGAAUCUCAGAGCUCGCCACCUGCCUCUUCGACGUGACCCCGACAUCCAAAUAUGAGUCCAACCUGGUGAAUCCGCAAAGCGAGAUCGUGAUCCCCACAGACAUGGGAAUAGUGGGCCACACAGCCACUUCCAAGAAGCCACAAAGUGUUCCAGACAUCUCUAAGAAUUCAAAGUUCUGCGACUUUGUCGAUAAGCAGACUGGAUACAAGACCAAAUGCAUGCUGACCUUCCCCAUAAUGGCUGAGAAAGACUGUCUUGGAGUCGUCAUGGCACUUAAUAAAAUAGGAGCUGAUGCAUUCACUCCAGAGGAUGAGAAGCUUUUCCAUAAGUAUAUGACUUUUGCUCAAGUCAUCGCUCUGCAGUAUCACACAACCUACAUGUUCAAUGUGGAGUCCAGGAGGAGUCAGGUGCUGCUCUGGUCUGCCAGCAAAGUUUUUGAAGAGUUGACAGACAUUGAGAGACAGUUCCACAAAGCUCUCUACACUGUAAGGACCUAUCUGCAAUGUGAACGUUACUCAGUGGGACUGUUGGACAUGACCAAAGAAAAGGAAUUUUAUGAUGAGUGGCCUAUAAAACUAGGAGAUGUGGAACCCUAUAAAGGACCAAAAACACCAGACGGCAGGGAAAUCAUUUUUUACAAGAUCAUUGACUACCUCCUAGAAGCCAAAGAAGAAAUCAAAGUCAUACCGGGCCCACCUGCAGAUCACUGGGCUCUGGUGAGCGGACUGCCAACCUACGUGGCGGAGAACGGCUUUAUUUGCAACAUGAUGAAUGUUGCUGCAGAUGACUAUUUCACAUUCCAGAAAGUGGCUGUGGAUGACACAGGUUUCAUCAUCAAGAAUGUCCUGUCGUUGCCCAUCGUCAACAAGAAAGAAGAAAUCGUUGGCAUAGCCACUUUCUUCAACAGGAAGGAUGGCAAACCGUUUGACGAGUAUGACGAGCAGAUCACUGAGGCUCUGACACAGUUCCUGGGGUGGUCUGUGUUGGUCUGCGAUACCUACGACAAGCUGAACCGUAUGGAGUGGAGGAAAGACAUUGCCCAGGAAAUGCUCAUGUACCAGUCCAAAUGCACCACGGACGAGAUGCAGUCCAUUCUGAACACCAAAGAGAAGUUUGACGCAGACCCGGAAGACUGUGACCAGAAGGAGAUGUACAAAUUACUGAGAGCAAACUGCCCGCCGGCCGACAAUGUGGACGGAGAGAAUCUGUACUCGUUUGGCUUUAGCGACUUCCCCGUCACAGAGUUAGGCCUCAUUAAAGCUGGCAUUCGCAUAUUCUUUGAGCUUGGAGUUGUCGAAAAGUUUAAAGUUCCAGCAGAAACACUGACCAGGUGGAUGUAUACUGUGAGAAAGGGCUACCGUGCCAUUACUUACCACAACUGGAGGCAUGGUUUCAAUGUAGGCCACACCAUGUUCUGCCUACUGCAGACAGGAAGACUGAGGAAGUACUACUCUGAUCUAGAUGCCUUCGCCAUGGUGGCUGCGGCUUUCUGCCACGAUAUCGACCACAGAGGAACAAACAACCUCUACCAGACAAAGAGUGCAUCUCCUUUGGCCAAACUUCAUGGCUCCUCCAUCAUGGAGAGACACCAUUUGGAAUACAGCAAGACGCUCAUGGGAGAAGAGAGCUUGAACAUCUUCUGCAAUUUGCAGAAGCGUCAGUUUGAGACAGUGCAGCACUUGUUCGACGUUUGCAUUAUUGCCACUGAUCUGGCUCUGUACUUUAAGAAGAGAACCAUGUUCCAAAACAUUGUGAAUGCCACAGAACCCAUGGCAGAUGAAAAGGAGGCCAUCGCCUACAUUUCUAACAACCCCAUCAGGAAGGAAAUUAUCAUGGCCAUGAUGAUGACAGGCUGUGACUUGUCAGCCAUCACCAAACCCUGGGAGGUGCAGAGCAAGGUGGCUCUGAUGGUCGCAGCUGAAUUCUGGGAACAAGGCGAUUUGGAAAGAAGUGUUUUGGACCAGCAACCAAUUCCCAUGAUGGACAGAAACUGUGCUGAACAGCUACCCAAGAUGCAAUGUGGUUUUAUUGACUUUGUGUGUUCAUUUGUGUACAAGGAGUUCUCCAGGUUCCACAAAGAGAUCCAGCCCAUGUUCGAUGGUUUGAAUAACAACAGGGCACACUGGAAUGAGCUGGCUGAGGUGUACAAUGCAAAGAUGAAGGCCAUUGAAGAUGAAAAGAAGAAGCUAGAAGAGGAGGAAGCCAAGAAAGCUGGUGGCGAUGGAGGAAAAUCGAAGACCUGCACCAUCUGUUAGGCUUCUCUGCUUCAUGGAUCUGGACUAGCAUGGACUGUUUAGGACUGACAUAGACAUUUCUAAUCUUUUCUGGUCUGAAAAGUCAUCCUCAAAGCCAUCUGUUUUUGGAGUUUGGCCUCCUCUAUAUAAGCUAGUUCUCUCUCGUCCCUCUGCUGAGGCUGCAUCCCAGUCUGAUCCAGUUGUAUGCAACUAGUCCAGAGUAGUUAGUUCCGGUCCAAGCUGCAGUCUGGAUUACAUGAACCGGUCUCCAAGGAAGGGGGAAGAAACUUGAGCAGGAAGUAAAGUUGGGACUCUGCACAGAGAAGAUCUCAUUGAGAAGAAAUGUGUGAAAGUUCUUCCUCGCUCUGCUUUGAACAGCACCUGACCAAAGACAUUCUAAAAACUUGCAAACUCACCAGUACUUCCAUGUAAGAUAGUAACAUUUAUGGCAUGUUUGAAAUCAUGUUGCGAUAAAUGUAUCUGCUCCUCUUGCUUAGAUGCAAACUUUUUAAUGUAGACAGUUAAAAUAGGUCAUUGUUGAGCUAUGCCAAAGCAAUGACAUUCAGUGUUCCUUAGGCAAUCAUAAGCACAUUGUAUAACAGUACUUUACGCUGCACAAUGCCCUUGUCUGCUGCUGCUUCAGCAACCAAACCACAGAGAGAGUGAGGGCCAACUGGGAGGAUGAGGACUUUUCGAACGUAGUGAUGGGGACUUGUUAAAAGUGUUUAUAUAGAAAUGAGAAUUUACUCCCUUCAGUACAAAAAGAGGCAAAGUACAAUUUGAUGGCUUUGUUCAUGCUGUAAAAGGCAAUGGCGCAGGGAGCAAUGGCGCCCAAUCAAUUAGGGAAGAUGAUCUCUUUCCUCCAAAGGCAGUAAUGAGUCAUCUGAAGGUAUAUUCAUUUUAAUAUGUUAUUCAUCUUUACACUUUUUGGGGGAUUCUGGGUGUUUUGUACUUUAAUCGUAUUCAACUUGAGAUGAGCUUCGAUAGAGGCUCUUCUGAAACGGCAAACAGCUGUGUGAUGAUACGAAGAGUACAGUUUGCCUUGCAAAAAUACUCACACCCCUUGUACGCUUUUGCAUUUUGUCACGUUACAACUAAAACCUGUGUUUUAUGGGGGAUUUUAAAUGAGAGACCAACACAAAGCAGUGCAUGAUUUUAAAAAGUAAGGAAAAUGAAACGAGUAAUAUGAGUAAAAACUGGAAGUUCAGCUACAAGUACUUUGUGGUAUGUCUCUAUCAGCUUUAGGCUUCGAGAGAUUGAACUUCUUUGCAAAAGCUCAAGGUCAAUAAGAUUGGAUGACGAGGAUCUGUUUAAAUCACUCUAUCAACAUUUGCCCAAGUUUCUUGACUGGAUUUAGGUCGGGACUUUACUGUUAAGAAAAACACUGUAUGUUUUGAGUGGUUGUCCCACUGGAAGGUGAACCCCUGACCCAGUCUCAUCUUUUGCAGCGGCUUUCUUCCAAGAUUGCUCCUUAUUUAACUGUAUCCAUCUUUCUAUUAAUUCUGACCACCUUUCAUGUUCCUGUUUAAAAUAAAUAUUCCCACAGCAUACUACGCCCACUGGCGUGUGUCCCAGUGAGGAUGUGGUGUUCAGAAUGAUGUGCUUUGUUGGUUAUCCUCCACAUAUAGCUUUUUAACAUCUAGGUCAAAAAGUUUAACUUUGGUCUCAUCUGAGCAGAGCACCUUCUGCAGCAUGUUUGCUGGGUCCCCUACAUGGCUUACAGAAAAGAACAUCUUUGCUUUAGCAUUGGCUUUCCUUUUGCUUCUCUUCCAUAAAAGGCCACAUUUGUGGAGUGCACAAGUUGGCCUUUCAACAGAGGCUCCUACGUGAGCUUUAGAUCUAAACAAUUCCUCCAGAGUUACCAAGAACCUGUAUUUAUACUUUAAAAAAGUCGUAUUCUGAGUCUUUUUACCAAUUAGGUGACUUUUAAGGGUACCAAAGUUACAUAUGUGCUGCCUUGUGUUGUGUCACAUAAAAUCGUAAUUAAAAACAUUGAAGUAUGUGGCUGUAAUAUGACAAAAUGGGAUGAAGCUCCACAGGUGUGAAUUUUUCUGUUAAUGUAUGUCUUUGACAACUUUAAGAUUACAUGUAAACUGAGAAUUGUUAAACAUUUACCACUGUGUUUAAAUCAAACGUACAAUUCUAUGCCGAAGCGUACCUAUUUCUAUUCAGUCAUUUGUAUAUAGUUUGCUACACAGAUAUGUUUUGAAUUAUGUAAACUUGAUUAUAAGAUUAUAAGACUAUGAAAAGCUGCUAGAGCAACUCCUGCUUCAUCAAGAGUCAAACAGAUCAACAGAUCUGCCUCUUCUUUGAGAAGCUUUAACAGGAUUUGAUUGCCAGCCAGUGUUUGAGAUACACACAGCUUUGGACUUUAAAUACCCGUAUUACAGAGGAACUUUAUCAUAUGCAAGUGAAAACAACCCAUGUUUGUGAAGAUCCAAACUAUGUUUCAUUGAUUGUGUGACUGUUGGGGGCAAAGUUCGCACUUCUCGCUGACCAACUUUGUAUCAAUCAAUACGUUUCUUUGUAAAACUAGCCGAUCUGGUCAGACAUCUGAGGUCAUGGUGCAAUGUCAGCGUACCUCUUGUACCACAAGGUAAAAAGCAUGCAGUGGCUUAUAGCGUCCUGUUACGCAAUACCAUCUCCUCUAAUCAAUGAGGCAUCAAUUGGGGAAUUUAAUCCCAUCAGCACAGCUUUGGGUCUAUGUUGAAACUCCUUGUUUGCUGCCUGAGGUGAAGUGAGAAGCUGUUAUAAUUACUGGAGUCCAAGCUGCAGGGUUUUGAUGAUUCCACCAUGAAUUUACAAUACUAACGUUGCUGCAAACAUUUUAUAAGAAUGCUCAAGCUCUGUCUCAAAGGGAUAAAAGGCUUCCCUGCUUUUUCUUUGAACAUUUUAAAUAAUAAAAAUAUACACUGUAUACUACUUUCUACUUAUACUAAGAAUUGUCAUUAUGACAUUAGAGUUCUGUCUUUAAAUGUAUGAGAUGACCUCAAAUAUAUGUACAAGUCAUGAAAUGUAAUAUCUAAUGUAAGCAAAUGUAGGAAGUCAUGGAGGUAUAAAAAUAAAGAGUAACUAAUUUCUCAUGAAA